CUUGCACAGACAUACCAAGUCCUCCCCGCCCUUGCAUAAAGAUCCUCACUGUAUCAGCAUCUCAUCCAGCGCCGCACAAACAUGUUGCCCAAAACGCAGUUCACGCUCUACACCUACAAGGGCGGCCUCUACGGCUGGAAAGUGGCGAUGGUCAUGACAGAGCUCGGUCUCACGUACGAGAGCAUCUACCUCGACUUUGACAAGCGCGAGAUUAAGGCGCCCGCAUACACCAAAUACAACCCGAACGGGCGCAUCCCGACCGUCAUCGACCACAAAAGCAACAACUUUGUCAUCAGGGAGUCGGACGCGAUCAUCGCGUACUUCGUCGAAAAGAACGACACCGCACAGUACGACACCGCACAGCGAAUCUCGGCCGUGACGCCCGAGGUACAAGAUCCUCCAGCUUCAAUGGCUCUUCUUACAGGCCUCUGGUCAGGGCCGUACUUUGGCCAGGCGAUCUGGAUCAAGGUGUACCACCCGGAGAAGGUGCCGAGCGCCGUCCAGCGGUACCAGAAGGAGGCGCUCCGCGUGAUCGGCGUGCUCGAGAGCGUGCUGCAGAAGCAGGAGUGGCUCGUCGGCGGAAAGUGCUCCGUCGCGGAUAUGGCCUUCAUAACAUGGAACAACGGUUCGCUUGGGAUGUGUCUCAACGAUGUCGAGGGGCUCGAGCUCGAGAAUGACUAUCCUGCGUUCCAUGCGUGGCCUCAGAAACUCAUGGCGCGCCCGGCGAUCAAGAGCGUGUGGAAGCUCAGGGCGUCGCUACAGGGAUAGGUGAUCGGAAUCGUGCUUGAAUCCUGUUUGCUAGUGGAUACGAAAGGUUGCUCAUCGAAUGUUACAUAUAGAGUC